CUGAUGUGGUCCUGGGAUGGGGCCACUCUCAGUGGUUAUCCGGGGAUUUUGUGAUGGGGAUUAAAUUCAGUGGCAUACAGAAGAGAUGAAAUGUGGACUGAAGAACGAUACGACUAUGAAAGAGUUCCAAGAGAACGAGUACCUCCUCGAAGUCACCCCAGUGAUGGCUACCAUAGAGUAGUUAAUAUUGUGCCAAAGAAACAACCACUGCUAGAGAGACCUGGUGAAGGAAGCUACAAUAGAUAUUACAGUCACGUUGAUUACCGAGAAUACGAUGAGGGUCGCAGUUUUUCUCAUGAUCGAAGAAGUGGUCCGCCUCACAGAGGAGAUGAAUCUGGCUAUAGGUGGACAAGAGAUGAUCAUUCUGCAAGCCGACAACCUGAAUAUAGGGACAUGAGAGAUGGCUUCAGAAGAAAAAGUUUCUACUCUUCCCAUUAUGUGAGAGACCGAUCUCCUCAUAAAAGAGACACUUUUUUCAGAGAAUCACCUGUAGGCCGAAAAGAUUCUCCACAUAGCAGAUCUGGCUCCAGUGUCAGUAGUAGAAGCUAUUCUCCAGAAAGAAGCAAAACGUACUCUUUCCAUCAAUCUCAACAUAGAAAGUCCAUGCGUGAUGGUGCCUCCUACAAACGACAGAAUGAAGGAAAGCCAGAAAGAGGUAAAGAGAGACCUGUUCAGUCUUUGAAAACAUCAAGAGACACCUCACCCUCAAGUUCUUUAGCUGUUUCUUCAUCAAAGGUUUCAGACAAACCCAACAGGCUAACUGAAAAGGAACUUGCUGAGGCUGCUAGCAAGUGGGCUACUGAAAAGCUUGAUAAGGCAGAUGAGGGUAACCUACCUGACAUUUCUGAGUAUGAGGCAGGAUCCACAGCACCAUUGUUUGUUGAUCAACCAGAAGAACCUGACUCAAAUCCAGCGGAUGGCAUAGAGUUAUUUGAGGACAGUCAACUCUCCAGUCGCUCUAAAGCAAUAGCAUCAAAAACCAAAGAAAUUGAACAGGUAUACCGACAAGAUUGUGAAACUUUCGGAAUGGUUGUGAAAAUGCUAAUUGAAAAAGACCCUUCAUUAGAAAAGUCUAUACAGUUUGCACUGAGACAGAAUUUGCAUGAAAUAGGUGAGCGCUGUGUUGAAGAACUCAAGCAUUUUAUUGCAGAGUAUGACACCUCUAGUCAGGAUUUUGGAGAGCCGUUUUAGAUUACUUGCUUAGGAAAAAAGUUUUUAGGUUCCUCCACCCCAUUCUGUAAAUCCCUAAUAUAUGGAAUUUUUGUGAUGAAGAGAUAUGCUUUAUGAUAGUUGACCACAUUUCCAAUAUCAAAUAAACAUCUAAAAUAGCCUGUUUAAAAUAUUUUAAUUAGCUUUUUUAAAAUCUACAUAGAGAUCCUUCUAAUACAUACUUAACUGCCCUUUCCUGCUAAAAUGAUGGUUCAGUUAGUUUUUUAAGCUUUGAAAAAGGAGUUCAGGAGAAUAGUUUUCUGUCUCUACUCAUGUUCUGCAGUCUUCCUUGGUAUAAGAUCAUUUAUUUAGUCACCUAAAUUUAUAGGUAAGAGAUCAUUCCAUUUAAACAUUUAUAGUCUUUCUGCAUUUCAUAGUCAAUCAUACUUUGUAAAAUGUUAGAAUUCUGAAUUAUGAUUUUUUUUUUUACUUUUGUUCACUUAUCUUAGGUUUUGUGUCUUUUAAAAUCUUAAGUAUACUCUCCAAAUAGACUGGAUACUUUGUUAGAUAAUAUUUGGGUUGAGAAUGAUUCUCACUGUUAGAAAAUAGAGCACCUAGGUCUCUAGAAGACACCUUAUGUAAAGUUACUAUUUUCCAUCAACCCAGUUGUCUUCUAUUAAAAUAAUCCUAAAACUUUUGACUCAUGCAUGAAUCUUAAGUAACAUCAUAUACAUUACUAAGAGAACGAGCACUCUGAGAUGAAAGAUGAAGUCUUUUAUAGUUGAGAUACCUUUUUCAAAAAAUGUAAUUGAAGUGAAAAAUUAGAGAUGAGGGAAUAAGGGAAUUUAAUUUUUCCAUAGCUUGUAUCUCUAAACUCAAGAAAGAUGAUUGAAAAUUCUUCAGUGAUUAAACUAUUUACAGAUUAUGCCUUUGUUAAUCUCUAGUAGUAUAGCAUCUACUAUAGUCCUUGAAAAGGUUUCUUGAAAGAAAUAAGUAAAGCAGGGAGUAAGCGGAGCACAACUACCUUAAUAAGCAGUCUCUCUAAACAUCCCUCAUGGGAAGUCAUCUACAGCUGGGAUGAUUAGUAUAUUCCACUCCCACUCACUUCCUGAUCACUUCUAACUUCCCAGUGCAUUUGUCCAAAAUAAAUAAUUUUGUGGCAUUAGUAAACCUUCAAAAUCAUGUUAUGCCUACCCAAUUUCAUUACCCUCCCCAUCUUUCCAUUUUUUUUUCCACUUGAAUCAUGGUGUUACUUUGAGUAACCUCUAUUGAUAGUACUUAAAGAGCUACACCAGAGUAGAUAAAUUAUAUCAACAGUGGAAAUUCUUUUUUGAGACCAUCUUGAUUUUUUUUCACUUAUUAGAUCUUAUAUAUAAGCCAAAACUAAACUCCACCUGUCAUCUCUGAUUUUCCUCUAUUAAAAUUAAUUUUGUUACCCUCUUUAGGGAAAAAACAAGUACUGAUUAUGUUUCUUCCAUGCUCAUGUAUAUUUUUUCUUUAUCUUAAAUAUUCCACUUCCAGGAUUUAGUACCUUUAGUCCAGUUGUCACAAGUUUGGGGGGAAAAAAAAUAAUGCACUACCAUUCAGGCAAAAGAACUGAUUGGUUGAAAUUCAUUUUACUAAAGUUUUACUCACUAAUGGAUUUAAAUAUUUAACAGAUAACUUUUUCAUCUUCCUUUCCCACAAAUUAUAUUCAAUAUUUAACAUUGUUUAUAGCUUGUCGUCACCAUUAUUCUGUAGAGUUGUCAGUGUUAAAUUGUUUUGUAAUUUUUUUAAAAAAAUACCUUCAGAGUCUAAUUUGAGAAUCAACUCAGAUGUGUUAUCAGAGUUUGUAUUUAACAACAUGUUCUUGAUUAAAGAAGUUUGUUUGUAAAUUAUCUGUUCUUUUUGAGUAUGCCCAAAUUGAUAUGAUAAGCUUUUCAUUGUCUUUCCAUAAAGCCUUGAUGAUCAACAGGGGAAACAGUUAUUGUAAUGAUAUUUGUGAAUUUUGAAAGUACAAAAUAAAGCAACCAGUUUUA